AACACAUAGUAAUUACAAUAACUCAUUUGUCUCAUAAAUCGCCGGCUAAACAUUCAAACACGCAGCAUCAAUCAUCACGAACAAUAAUAUAUACACACAGCCUCUUAUUUAUAUCGAUUUAAAACAAAUCAACUUACCCCCGCAUUCCCUCAACUUGAUUCAAUUCAAUUCAAUCCAAUUAUAUACAAAACACACACACACACACACACAAAAACACAUCUUUGUCUUGGUUUUAUUUGUGGGUUUUUCAGAUCUUAAAUCCCCAUUUGAGAGAUCUUUAUUCAUUCAAGAUUUAACAUUCAGGUUUGGAUAAAUCUUGAUUUUUAAGUUACUUGGUGAGGUGUUUCUUUAUAGUUUUGGGCUCGUUACUCAUUAUUGAAAAAAAAAGGAUUCUUAAUCUUGUGGAUUUAAGCGUGUGAUGCUUGCAUAGUAUACUUUAAAUGAAGUUAUCAAAGGCGUGGCGUUUAGGCAUGAAAGACAUGCAACAAAUCUUGCCCACGCAUCGCCAUCGUGGUCAAUUAAAGAAACCAACUUGGAUAAUAGUGUUGGUUACAUUGGUCUGCUUGUUUUUAGUUCUUGCGUACAUUUACCCACCUCAAACCUCUGGUGCCUGCUAUAUCUUCUCAGCUUCUAGUUGUCAAACAAUUUCUAGUUGGCUUCCACCUUCCGUAAGAGUAUUAAGUGAUGAUGAGAUUGCCUCACAAGUGGUUAUUAGUAGCAUCUUGAACACCCCUCCAAUUGAGUCCAAAAAUCCCAAGAUUGCUUUCAUGUUUUUGAGCGUCGGAUCAUUACCUUUUGAGAAGUUAUGGGACAAAUUUUUUCAGGGCCAUGAAGGUAGAUUUUCAGUCUAUCAUCAUGCAUCCAGAGAUAAACCAGUCCACACUAGCCGUUACUUUUUCAAUCGUGAAAUUCGAAGUGGCAAGGUAGACUGGGGCAAAAUUUCAAUGGUGGAUGCAGAGAAGCGGCUUUUGGCUAAUGCACUAAAAGACCAAGAUAAUCAACACUUUGUAUUGCUUUCCGACAGUUGUGUACCAUUGCGUGAUUUUGACUAUGUGUACAACUAUCUCAUGUACACAAAUAUCAGCUUCAUUGACAGCUUCACGGAUCCUGGUCCUCAUGGAAGUGGCAGGUACUCUGAGCACAUGUUACCCGAAGUUGAGAAGAAAUUCUUCAGGAAGGGUGCUCAGUGGUUCACAAUGAAGCGCCAACAUGCAAUCAUAGUUAUGGCUGAUAGUCUCUAUUAUUCAAAAUUCCGAGAUUAUUGCAGGCCUGGUAUGGAUGGAGUCAAUUGCUAUGCCGAUGAACACUACCUGCCAACGUUUUUCCAUAUGCAUGAUCCCAAUGGGAUUGCAAACUGGUCGGUUACACAUGUUGACUGGUCUGAACAAAAGUGGCAUCCAAAAUCAUACGAGAAAAAGGAUAUUACUGAACAACUCAUCAGAAAUAUUACGUCUAUUACUGAAAGUGUUCAUGUUACGAGUGAAGAAAAGAGAGAAACCAUGAUCAUGCCUUGUAUGUGGAACGGGGUGAAUCGGCCAUGUUACUUAUUUGCCAGAAAAUUCUUACCAGAGACUCUAGACAGCAUGAUAGACCUUUUCUCAAACUACACAGCUAAAACAUAAGAUUCUUACAUCUGAUUCUUUUGUUGGAUCAAACAGCGUUUGGUUCGACCCAUUUUCACAUUGUUGUAAAGCUUAUUUUACAGAGAGAUGAUGGUAAAUGCUUAGAGUACAUUUGUUACCUUUACGAGUUUAAGGGUACAUUUGUGAAACUUUUGAUGUUUUGAGUUAAUAGUAACAGUUGGGAAACAUUCGAGUUAAUAGUGAAGAAGGGCAUGAGAGAAAAAGGUUCAUAUGUUACAGUUUUAAUUUUUACCCUUCAUUUUGGGCAUAUUUGUAUGAUUUAUGGGAUCGACUUUUUUGGUAAUUCAUGACAUGAUUUUAUACUCUUUCACAAA